AAUCACUUAUUGCAUUAUUGGAUUACUUGUUCUCAUAAAUUAAAUAGGUACACCGCUCACAAAGAAACAAACACACGUUACAUUUUUACAUUUUAUAAUGGGACAAUCACCGUCCACGCCUGUUUGUACGCCGGACCUCAGUCGCCGGGAAACCUUCAACACCGACCGAAUCGGUUAUGGGGACGCUGAUUUUUCCGACGAAUCUAUCGGCAGAACCCGCGACUACACCGCCGACAUUCCUGACCAGUGUUUGGCUGGAAUCUUUCAGUUCCUGAGCAACGUCGAUCGGAAAAGCUGUUCCACCGUCUGCCGGAGAUGGCUACGCGUCGAUGGCGAGAGCCGCCACCGGCUAUCCCUGAACGCUCAGGCGAACUUGGUGGAGAUGGUUCCCUCUCUGUUCGCUAGGUUUGACUCGGUCACGAAGCUGGCUCUGCGAUGCGACCGAAAGUCGACGAGCAUAAACGACGACGCUUUGAUCUUGAUCUCGCUGCGGUGCAAGAAUCUGGUGCGUUUGAAGCUUCGCGGGUGCAGGGAAGUCACCGAGAUCGGAAUGGCCAGUGUUGCGGCGAAUUUGAAGGCUCUGAAGAAGCUUUCUUGUGGCUCGUGUGUGUUUGGCGCUAAGGGUAUUUACGCUUUCGUUAAUCACUGUACGGUUCUUGAAGAGCUUACUGUGAAGAGGCUUAGAGGGUUUGAUGAAGGAAACACCCAAUUGGUUCCUCUUUCUAUGGUUUCUUCUUCGUUGAAAUCAAUUUGUCUUAAGGAGCUUGUCAAUGGGCACAUUUUUGCGCCGCUUAUAAUUGGUUCUAAAAAGCUUCAAACUUUGACGCUGAUUCGUUGUUUGGGAGAUUGGGAUGCGACUCUAGAGACUGUUGGGAGGUUGAAUUUUGGGUUGGUUGAAAUUCAUCUUGAGAAGGUUCAGGUUAGUGAUGUGGGUCUUCUGGGGAUUUCCAAGUGUUCGAGUUUGGAAAGUUUGCACCUUGUGAAAACUCCAGAGUGUUCAGAUGUGGGGCUUUCUGAUGUUGUGGAGCGAUGUAGGCUUUUGAAGAAGCUUCACAUCGAUGGGUGGAGGACUAAUAGGAUUGGUGAUGGUGGUUUGGUUUCUGUUGCUAAACAUUGUUCUAAUUUGCAAGAGCUUGUGUUGAUUGCUAUGUAUCCUACCUCUUUGAGCUUAGCGGCAAUUGCUUCUGGUUGCCAGAGUUUGGAAAGGUUUGCUCUUUGUGGGAUUGGUACUGUUGGUGAUGCAGAUAUUGAAUGCAUUGCUUCAAAGUGUGUCGCACUUAAGAAGCUGUGCAUUAAGGGAUGCCCCGUUUCUGAUGCUGGGAUUGCAGCUUUUGCUUCGGGAUGUCCCAAUUUGGUUAAACUCAAGGUAAGGAAGUGUGAAAAAGUUACUGCUGAAGUUAUGGAGUGGCUGCGUGUGAGGAGGAGUUCUUUGGUGUUUAAUUUUGAUUAUAGUGAAGUUGAAGCUUUGGAUGGCAGUGGUAGUGAUCUUGGAGUUCAGGAAAGUAGCAUAGCGUUUCAUCCAAUGGACACCCAAGUAACACUAGCUGUUGAUGUUACUUCAGGCAAUAAUAGCAACAACAAUCGAUUUUCUAUGUUCAGGACCAAGUUUGGUUUUUUUGCCGGAAGGAGUUUUGUGCCCUGUGCUUUCAGAAGGUGGGUAAACAUUGAUGAUAUCUCCAAUACGAGCUUUCAAUGAUCUUUUAGUUAAGAGUGAUAAUACUUUCUUUCCAUUUUUUCACAAUGCGUUGGAUGACUUCUUCUCUGUUCAGUGUUCUGUUACAUGUUCCUUGAAAUGUUGCUCACUGAUCUUUUUUUCCUUGUGGGUUUAUGGCAGUUGUUAACUAUAUGUGUAGCCAAUUACCUUCAUUAACAGGUCUUAAUGGCGUGGGAAAUGGUUUGAAAUGGGAUAGAAUGAAAUGAAAUCAAUCAAAUAAAGAUAAUUGAAUGAAUUCUUAUAU